GGCAUGUAGUCUUCUUUGUUUCCGAAGCUCUUUUCUGCAAGUGACAAACAAAAAAAUGAAGAUUCUGAAUGAAAGAGGACUAGCUCAUUUUGCCAACUCUGGAGCCCCACCAGACAAGGAAGGUUAUUUGCACAAGAAAGGGGAACUCAACAAAGGAUUUCAGAAGAGAUGGUUUGUUCUAAAAGGCAAUCUCUUGUUUUACUUUGAGCACAAAGCAGAUAGAGAGCCUAUAGGGGUCAUUAUUUUAGAAGGCUACACCAUAGAAUUAGCAGAAGAUACGGACAAUUUCACAUUCAUGAUUAAUUUUGCUGGCUCUGGUAGCCGGUCUUAUAGCCUGUGUGCCGCAACCCAGGAGUCGAUGGAGUCGUGGAUGAAAGCCCUCUCGUGUGCUGGCUACGAGUACAUCAAACUCAUGGUUUCAGAACUCCAGAGCCAGUUGGAAGAGACCUCUAAAAAUGCCGAAGCUAAUCUCGUCAGUGAGGCUUAUAAGGAGAGCAAAAUUUUGGGCCGUAUAUACAACCUCGAAAGUAGCCCCAAUUCAAAAGCUGACUCAAAAAAUAAAAUAUCCAAAAGAGGAACUCUGCCAGCAGAAAGUAAAACGAGAAAGAACCCUUUCAACAAUUUGGAUUUAAGUGGAGAAAACGACCCGGGGGAUGCCUUCAGGGCCAUGCCGAAAGUUGCGACUGUUGAAAUUGUUACCUGGUCUAUACUUGGAGUAAAGUCAUUUUAUGAGAUGCAUGAAUUUGUCAGGCAGCAAAUAGAAGAAUACAAAAAUGGUGCCUGUGGCGCAGAGGGUAACUCUUGAUGUUGGGUAAUUGAUUAUCCUGUUAGCUGUUACCUUGUUACUUAAAAGUUUAGACAUGUUUAGUUAAAAUUUAAAUACAUUUUUUUUAUUUUAAAAUUUCUGGAGAGAAAAUAAGAGUUUUCAUUUAAUGUUUUUGUAAAAAUUCACUGUGCACAUACAUGCCAAACUCUGGGAGUCAGUUUAAAUUAAACAAUGAACACAAAAAUUACAGAAUACUUGCAGACUCUAUUUCUUGUUUAGAUUUAAACAAAAGGAGUGGCAUCUACUUUUAAUUAUCAACUAAAAAUUUUCAAAACUACUUUUGAUUCUCACUCACAGUACUAAGCCUAUUUGUGAUGAGUCCCAUGUGAGUUAUAUAUGCAUUGCAGAUAGUUGCCACCCAGCAGUCAAUGAUAAACCAUCCCCUUAUUGCUGUAUUUAGAUCCUACACUGACUACAGGUCCUGUUGAACUGGGUAGUGGGUUUAAGCUUCAUUUGGACCAAAUAUUGAUGUGAGCUUAAGAGGUAGACCGUGGCUCUGAUUGCUGCUGCCAUGUUAUAAGAAUCUUGCC